AUGUCCGUCACUAAUGCCCUCAUGCGUCGGGGCACCGAGCUUGCUGUCACUCACAUGUCCUCGGACAAGCCUGAGUACCAGCAGGCUAAUGGAGGCUUGCUGGCUCUGCUUGGCAUCACUGCCGUCUUGCUUGCUGUUGCUUUCUGGUCUAUCGAGUAUACCUACGGAAUGGUGGUCGCUACUCUGGCCGUAGUUGAAGAUACCAACCCCGAUAUCUACGUGCGGAUUACUUCCGAUAUCGAUCCCAUCAAGCCAGCCAAUGGCCAGGAAGAUCCUGAGCUGGUUGCUUCUACUCCCGCCAAGCCUAUCACCAGUAAGCUGCGCACCACUGUGAAGCACCUGCGCUCCCGUGCUGGCUUCUGGUCUCGCUUCCGUGGAGUGGGCAUGUUCUUCGCCUAUAACUUCGUCCGUGGCUUCUUCGCAUCUUUCUUCCCCACCUCAUAUCUGGUCCAGUUUAUCGUUCAGGCUGCUCUGGGCGUUCUCCUGGCUACUUGGCAGAUGGCCUGGGUGCACAUUGUCAUCUCCGAGCCCUCCCCAAAGCGCUUCUAUCAGCGUAUCCCCAGCUACAAGACCUGGAGUAAGAUUGCCCCAGCUGCUAUUCUCCAUGAAGUUCUUACCACUCUUGCUUUCUUCCUGCCCAUGUCCAUUGUCACAUCUGCUGGCUGGCUCAAAGUUCCAGCUGACCAGGAUGCCCCGUCUAUGGUGGCCCUGUGCCGCUUCAUGGGCGUCAGCGUGUUUCCUGCUAUUCUGGCAUGCGUGCUCUCCAUUCCCCCUCGUGUUAUCUUCAUCCGUGUCGCUGCCUCUAUGCUGCCCGAGGAGGAUGAGACUAUUGUGCCGUUUGAUCGAUCUUUCGGCGGCAAGGUCAGCCCUGAAAUCACUGGUGGUAGCGGCAGGAUCGGCCUCAUGGACGCAUGGGCUACCUUUGACUUGCCUGCCCGUGUCCGCCUCGCCAAGGUUAUCGGCAAGACAUUCGCCAUGCAGGUGGCGCUUGCUAUCUUCUCCGCUAUCGUACUUGGUGUUCAGGUCUUUUUCCUUGUCAAGACUGCCAAGCCCGUUGACCCAAAUGCUCCUGGUACUAUCCAGAUAGGCUUGGAGUAA